UCAGCUCUUCAUCCGAAACACAUCAGAAAGAAACAAAAACAAUGUCAACCUUCCUUUACUUUCUCUAUCUUUUGCCUAUCUUCUUACUUUCCUUUUUCAUCAUAUCAAAAAAACUCAAACCCUCGAAAUGGAAACUUCCUCCAGGCCCCAAGACGCUUCCCAUCAUCGGAAACUUGCACAACCUCAAAGGCCUGCCUCACGCGUGUUUUCGAAACCUCUCCCAAACGUACGGUCCGGUGAUGCUUCUCCGUUUCGGAUUCGUCCCCGUGGUCGUGAUCUCAUCGAGAGAAGGAGCAGAGGAAGCUCUCAAGACCCAAGAUCUCGAGUGUUGCAGCCGACCAGAGACGGUCGCGACAAGAAUGAUCUCUUACAACUUCAAAGACAUAGGGUUCGCUCCUUACGGCGAGGAAUGGAAAGCGUUGAGGAAGCUCGUGGUUGUGGAGCUUUUGAACAUGAAGAAGUUUCAGUCUUUUAGUUACAUAAGAGAGGAAGAGAAUAACUUGCUGGUCAAGAAACUUACGGAAUCUGCUCUGACGCACUCCCCUGUGAAUUUGAAGAAGACCCUUUUCACGCUUGUUGCUAGUAUCGUGUGUAGGCUCGCUUUUGGGAUAGAUAUUCACAAGUGUGAGUUCGUGGACGAGGACAACGUUGCGGAUCUUGUUCAUAAGUUUGAGUUGGUUGUGGAUGGUAUUGCUUUCUCUGACUUUUUUCCUCGAGUGGGUUGGCUUAUCGACCGAGUUUCAGGACAGAACAAGACACUGAACAAUGUUUUCUCGGAGCUAGACACUUUCUUCCAGAACAUUCUUGAUGAUCAUCUUAAGCCCGGAAGAACCGUGUCAGAGAACCCUGACGUUGUAGAUGUGAUGGUUGAGCUCAUGAAGAAGCAAGAGAGAGAUGGUGACUCUUUCAAGCUCACCACAGAUCAUUUCAAAGGAAUCAUCUCGGACAUAUUUCUUGCGGGAGUAAACACAAGCGUCAUCACACUGAUCUGGGCCAUGACUGAGCUGAUCAGAAACCCGAGAGUGAUGGAGAAAGUGCAACACGAGAUUAGGACAACACUUGGGGACAAGAAGAAGAGUCUAACAGCAGAUGAUCUAAACCACCUUAACUACUUCAAACUCGUGGUCAAGGAGACAUUCAGGUUACACCCAGCAGCUCCACUCUUACUCCCAAGAGAAACAAUGUCUCACGUCAAGAUCCAAGGCUACGAUAUCCCCAAGAAAUCCCAGAUGAUGAUCAACAUUUACUCGAUAGCACGCGAUCCAAAACUCUGGACAAACCCUGAUGAGUUUAACCCUGACAGGUUUCUCGAGAGUUCUGUAGAUUAUAGGGGACUAAACUUUGAGCUUUUACCGUUUGGUUCUGGCCGGAGAAUUUGUCCAGGGAUGAAUAUGGGAAUCGCCACGGUGGAGUUGGGACUGUUGAAUCUGCUUUACUUCUUUAACUGGGGGUUGCCUGAAGGGAAGACUGUGAAAGACAUCGACUUGGAAGAAACUGGUUCGAUCAUUAUCAGCAAGAAAACAACUCUUGAGCUUGUUCCACUUCUUCAUAACUUCAACAAAUAGUCAAUGCGUUAUAUGUUUGCACAAAAAAAAAGUCAAUGAGUUAUACGUAUAUGUCUCAUCUUCUUUUCUUUUUUUACUGGUUGUGUUGUUUGGAUUUUUGUUCACUUUGUAUAAUAGGUUACGCAAAUUAAAUAGAACUAAAUCUUGUAUAUCUGAAAUUAGAUAUGUCAACUAA